AUGCAGGAAAAUGAAGAGUAUAAAAAUGAUAUUGAUGAAGUAUUAAAUAAACGAGCAUCAUUACUUCUUAAUCAAGCAUUUACUACUCCUUCAUCUAAUAUAGUCGAAAUGUCAGAUACAUACACUAACCCUGUUAUGAUAAAAACUACUGCACAUGAACAAUCAGGUCAACCAAUGUUCAAUCGAACUAUUGAAUAUAAAACUGAACAGUGUGAUAAUGAUAUUUUGCAUCAAUGGCGUUUACGACGUCGAUUUGAACAAGUACAAUAUAAUGAACCAAUACAUUUACCUAUUGAAACACAGAAUGCUAGUAUUCAAACAUCUCUAUUAGUUUCAACUGCGUCAAAUCUUUCUGAUGAUAUCAAUCUUUAUCCAACACGAGAUAAUGACCAAUAUGCAUCUGUUUGCUAUCGUCCAUUAGUUCAAAUCGAAUCAUCAUCAUCAUUACUCACUGAACAACCAACAGUUUAUUCUUCAGAUAAAAGUACAUUAACACAAGUAACAUCUACUAUACCUAAUGAUAGUCAUGAAGAAAAUGAAAUAGAAGAUUAUAAUUCAGAUGAUAUAUUGAAUGUGUUAAAACAAAAACGAAAUGAAUUAUUAAUUCAAUUUUAG